CUGCGGGCGGCCGAGAAGUUCAUGGUGGUGGGUACGGGCGAGGCCAGCUGCAAGAACUGCGGCUACGAGUACAAGCCCGCCAAGGGAGACCCCGAGUACCCCGUGUCGCCGGCACGCACGCCCUGCGCGUGGCCCCGCCUGCAGCAACUGCCAGACGACUGGCAGUGCCCGACUUGCGGCGCCGCCAAGUCCCUGUUUGUCUCCAAGCAGCUGCAGGUGGCGGGCUUUGCGGAGAACCAGGGCUACGGGCUGGGCACCAACGCCAUGACGGGAGAGCAGAAGAGCUUGCUCAUCUUCGGCAGCCUGGCCGCCUUCUUCGUCCUCUUCCUGCUGGGCUAUGCGCUGCCAUGA